AUGUUUCGCAACACAUUCCAAUCAGGCUUCCUCUCAAUCCUCUACAGCCUAGGGUACGUGCACUGUACACCCUCGCCUGCUCCCUCUCCCCCUCUCCUCUCUGUUUCGACCAUCACUCCAUACGCAUGUUCCCCUACCUCCCCCAUCCUCCCCCCCCCUCUCUUGCCCCCCCCUUCUCCGUCCCGUCUCCCCUCUGUUCCUCCUGUUUCCCUCGUUUUCACCAAGCCCCUUCAGUUGUGGGCCAAGGAAGAGGGCGAGGGCACAGUGAAGCGGGUGACAGACGCGGACAUCCAGUCGGCCGCCAUAGAGCUCCUGUCGCCCAACAUCCGCACCACGCUCAUCGCCUGCCCUCCCGACCCCUCGGCCGCGCUGGGCAUCAAGCUGCCGUUCCUGGUGCUGGUGCUGAAGCCCCUGGACCGCUACUUCUCAUUUGAGGUCACUGUGUUGGACGAUAAGAACGUCAAGCGGCGCUUCCGUGCCUCCAACUACCAGUCCACCACGCGCGUGCGGCCGUUCAUAUGCACGAUGCCGCUGCGCCUGGAGGCGGGGUGGAACUCGCUGCUCUUCAACCUCGCUGACUUCACGCGGCGUGCGUACGGCACGGGGUACGUGGAGACGCAGCGAGUGCACGUGCACGCCAGCUGCCGCCUGCGCCGCAUCUACUUCUGCGACCGCGUCUACUCCGACGACGAGCUCCCGCCCGAGUUCAAGCUCUUCGUGCCCUCCAAGGUGCGUGUGGUGUGGUGCGCCUGUGAGUUGAGAUGA